AUGCCGCCAAACAAAUGGCGACCUCUCGAGGCCAAGAAGGCUCCGUGGGAGCACCGACGUCCACCCAAACAGGCGGAGGCGGCGCCACCUGUUGACGAGGCUAAAGAACAGCAAGACAUUCUGGAGCUGUUCCGCCAAGGGCGCAAGGAAAUGAGGUUCGAAGUUGACAAGGAGGCCGUUCCUGUGCAGCUUCCCGAAGUCCUACAGGAGAUCUCCUUCGAGACGAUGUUCGAUCAACCUCUGGCUGAACUGCGCAAAACCCUACAGUUUGAUUCGAAGACAGACAAGGCCCCGGCGGUCGCAAAGGUUAACGGAAGCGUCGUGAUGGUUGGAAUCCAAGCCUAUUCAGAGGACUGA